AUGUCGCCCAGGUACAUCGGUGGACGACCUGUCAGGGUUGCUAAUUGCUCUGGAUAUCAUGGGGAUCCUGCCUAUGAAAUGUAUCGCCAAGCAACCCUCGGAGAUGUCGAUUUCAUCACGGGAGAUUAUCUCGCCGAGGUCAAUAUGGCAAAUAAUGUGCAGGCCUUCCAACGUGGGGAGCAUGCAGGCUACGAGGAAACAGCCUGGGAAGGUAUCAAGCAAACCAUCGACGUGAUCGCCGACAAGGGUAUAAAAGUUGUGAUCAAUGGUGGGGCUCUCAAUCCCAAGGGCCUAGCCUUUAAAGUAGAUGAACUUUGCCGCCAAAAAGGUCACUCUUUGCGAGUCGCAUAUCUAUCAGGGGACGACCUCUAUCACAAAUUCGGCCCCAACAUGCCCCAAACACCAGAAGAGCUAAAGCAUCUCGAUGCGGAAAAUGAAUCCGUCAAACUAGGCCCUCUUACAUACGCCUUUACAAACAUUGACAAACCAAUCCCAAUGGUCUCAGCGCACGCGUACCUCGGAGCUCGAGGUAUCGUAGAUGGACUCCGUCGAGGAGCUGACAUUAUAAUAUGUGGCCGUGUUGCAGACGCCAGUCCAGUCAUAGCCGCUGCUUGGUACUGGCAUUCAUGGUCAGAGACCGACUAUGAUUAUCUUGCUGGAGCUUUGGUUUCCGGUCAUUUGAUUGAAUGCUCCUCUUAUGUUACUGGCGGUAAUUUCUCUGGCUUUGACCGGUACCCUAUUGACACAUUUGUUCAACCUGGCUUCCCCAUUGCGGAGAUUGAUGCUGAUGGGUCUUGCAUUAUUGCGAAGCAUCCUGGUACCGGUGGAAUGAUCAAUGUUGAUACUGUUCGGUGUCAAUUUCUGUACGAGCUUCAGGGAAAUGUUUAUUUGAAUAGUGACGUUAGUGCUAUUUUGGAUGAUAUUAUUGUCGAGCAGAUUGGGGAGGAUAGGGUUCGGGUUCGCGGGAUUCAAGGAUGCCCUCCUCCUCCAACUACAAAAUUAGCUGUCUUCUAUCCCGGGGGCUUUGAGGCUCAGGUUUUGCUAAAUGCUACUGGAUAUGGCACAGAGGCAAAGUGGGACUUGGUUGAAAGACAGAUUCGACAUUUCAUCAGCCAGAAUGCACUUGAUCGUCUUGAUACACUCGAGUUCCAGAGAAUUGGUGUGCCUGCUUCCAACCCAGUGUCACAACGAAGCAGCACAACGUAUCUCCGCAUCUUUAUCGCUGCAGUUUCCGCGGAAGCUGUGCUCGCUGUAUUAGGGGCUCUAAAGGAUAUCUCGCUGAAGCAUUUCUCAGGUUUCCACUCGUCUCUUGACAUGCGCACAGCAAUUCCUCGUCCGUUCCUAGCUUACUAUCCAGCAAUAGUAAAACAAGAAGCACUAAACGAAGAGAUAAACUUCAUCGAAGGACCAGACUUUAUUAAAUCAUUCCCAACAGGUCAUCCAUCAAAAUAUAAAGACCUCCAACCGCGUCAAAGCUACAACCACACCCUGUCCAGCGAAGAAAAAGCCCUCCUCAAUUCCCCAACGAGAUCAAUCCGACUAGGUGAUAUUGCUCUAGCACGAUCUGGCGACAAGGGGGCGAACCUCAAUUUCGGCAUCUUCGUCACUGAACAGAACCACUGGGCUUGGUUACGGUCUUACAUGAGCCGGGAGCGAGUGCGGGAUAUGCUUGCUAAAGAUGAUGAUUGGGAUGAGUCUUUUUUGGUAGAGAGAGUUGAGUUCCCGCAUAUGUACGCUGUACAUUUCGUUGUUUAUGGGAUUCUUGGGAGAGGUGUUAGUAGCUCGAGCCGGCUGGAUGGGUUUGGAAAGGGGUUUGCAGAUUACUUGCGUGACAAAUUUGUUGAUGCUCCUGUUGCAAUUUUGGACUGA